AUGGCUCGCCGAAUCAGUGGUAUCUCUCAGUCCCUGGUCAUGUCCUUGGUGUCAUUGUCACUUCCAUGGUGCGCCAUUGCCGCCGCCAAUCUCAAACCCAAUUGCACGACUCUGACAAAGUUCUUUGGUCAACCGAUAGACCAUGCAAAGCCAAAUUCGGGAACUUUCCAGCAACAGUAUCAGGUGCUGUCUGAUCAUUUCAAGCCAGGGGCGCCGAUUCUAUACUACCAGCAGGCCGAGACCAGUAUCUUUGCCUGCCUGGAGAAAUCCGUCCUUCCCGAGUGGGCUGCAGAACUGGGAGCUCUGGUUAUAACUCUUGAACAUCGCUUCUUCGGCCUCAGCAAUCCAUCGAAUGCCUCCAACCCCAUUGACAGGUACCAAACAUUGACACUCGAGAAUGUCAUGUCAGACGCUGUCACAUUUGUCCAACACAUUAAGAACACAGUCGCUGGGGCGAAGAACAGCAAGGUGAUAGUCACGGGUGGUUCCUACGGCGGAUUUCUCACAGCAGUCCUCAAAAUGAAUCAUCCGGAUGUUUUCUUCGGCGCGAUUCCUUUUGCCGCGCCACUUCGCUCGAUUGGAGCAAAUAACCAAAACCCUCAACGAUACGAAUGGUUCAAAGGGGUGCAUACAAGAACGCUCGGAGUGAUAUCGACAUGCUAA